GUGGUUUGUGUUGUCCAUGUUUUGUUGAGUCUGUGGUUCUGAUCGUUCUGAUGGUUCUGAUCGUUCUUGUCGUAGCAGUUCGCUUGCGUUUGUUGUGACCUGGGGGAAGUUAGGGGUUAGGAUAUGUGUACAUGUGUAAUAUAUGGUUUUACUGCUCUAGUUAAUGAUACUGACAAGCAAUGGCAAUUGCUUUUAUGGUGAACCGAUUGAAAGCAUUGUUCCUGUUCUUACUUGGAGUGGUAAAGCGAGCCUUAUGUUGUUUUCGACGUCGGCGACGAGCAUCGGGUGAUCCAAUCCCGUUGACAGCAGUUGGUGUUGUGCCCAAUAAUUUCAAUUCAGUAGAAGGGCCAGAUCUUCAGAGUUGGAACUCUUGGGAUGAGAACCCAGUCUCUGUCAUUACAGAACGAUUGCAAAAUACAGUCCAGCAACAAAUUGACUUGUAUAGACAGCAAGCUGCAAGGCAUAUGUCAGAAUCAGAGGAGCCACAGCCUGACUUUUUUGAGGAUAUGGCUCCUCGAAUUACAAAACAGACAAAAAUUAUUUUAAAAGAUGACGAGAGGGAAACACCUAUUCAAAGUGAUCCUAUCUCUCCUCGUCUCACAUUGGAGAUGGAUCCAGUCUCAUUUACUUCACCAGACCUUGGAACCUGGGAAGAUAGCCCUGGGUGGGAAGAUCAAGCUCAAGAAGACUGGGACUCUGAUACAAUUCUGAAGGAAAAACGCCGUUUGGAGAGGCAGCGGAGACUAAUGGAGCAACAGCAGAAACGUCAAGAACGAGAACAGCUGAAGAUGGCUCAACCUAUCGCUUUGGGAGCGAGGUUAAGUUGACAGUAAUUCAGUGCACCGAAGUUGGCCUCAUAUAAUAAGAUGGGUUAAUGUGACUGUAAAUAUGUAUAGAAUACAGUCUGAACACUUGAGUUUUCUGUAGGCCUGUGGUAAUUGCCAUGUGACAAUACUUUCUGACGUUCCGUUUCAAUGCUGACAAAUGACAGCUCACUGCCUUGAAUAAAGCUUGGCCUGGGGAAAACAAUAUGUACUCACACAACUAGGUGAAAAAAGAAAUACUGGCUUAACUUAUUCAAUUUUGGCUGCCAUCACCUUCAAAAUAGUCUCCUUGGGAAUGUAUACAGCAAUGCCAUAAUUUUUUCCUAGCUUCAUAAGCACCAUGGAAGUUAUUUUCCUUAAUGCUGUCAAGUACCACUUGUGAUUCCCCUUGGAUAUUAGACACUGUUUCAAAAUGUCAUCCUUUCGCUUUCAUUUUCAAUUUGGGAAACAAAGUCCAGCAAGUAGGGAGGAUGGGGAACAAUAAUCAUGUUGUUGGUCACAAACUGGUUUUCAGGGAUAUCUGGACAGGUGCAUCAUGUCGGGGAACAGACUUCAUGGCAAUGUGGCGCAUGUUCAGAUUUUCUGUUAACAUCUGGCAAACUCCAUAACUGAAUGCAACGGUAUAUGCGAGAUCAAGGAUUGUUCAGCAACUGUCUUCAUGAACGAGUUCUCGAACUCUUUCGCAUUUUCUGUCAUUUUGCUGGUGCUUGGUCGCCCUGAACAUUCAUCUUCAGCUGACACUCAACUGGCCUUGAAACCUGAAUGCCAUUCAAAAACUGCUGUCUGGCUUAAAGAACAUUUUCUUUCAUCCAAGCAGUUACAAAUAUAACAGUGCGGGAACUUUCUGAUAGCACCACAAGAUGAUGGAAAGCAAACAAAUUUGAUUACAUCAGGCAAAUCUGAAGAAUGAUCCUCGAAAAGGUCAGAUCUGCCAUAACCAUACUUGUCGAAAUAAAGUCACCACCUGUUGAAAUGAAAAGUUGUA